GCUUCUUCGUACAAUUACUGCGCGGUAACCAUAAUUCAUCAUUGUCUAAACUCUAAACAAACCAGACAAAAAAAGGACCUACAACUACACCUGUUAAGGAAGGCUGAACUCAAAACAAUGAAGCACAGAAAUUCUCAAUUUUCCAUAAUAAUCGAUCUCUUCUCUUCAUCAUCUUUGCCUUGGUUUCUAGGCUAGCUGCAUAAGCAUACACAUACCCUAUGGCCAGGGAUUCCCCUGAAUCGGGAUCUUGGACUAUAGCGGAGUGCACCUGUGCGGCGUUGAUGCCAUUCAUAGCUGUCUUUGAGGUUUUGAUGUUUGCUGUGGUUGGUUGUUUCAGUUAUCGUUCACGCAGCAUGAUUCAAAAUCAGAAAUGUGCUUACACUGCUAUUGAUUACGCACGCCUCGCUCACGAAACCACCUUUACUGUUAAUGAAGUGGAGGCACUGCAUGUGCUGUUUAAAAAGUUAAGUAGCUCCCUAAUUGAUGAUGGCUCGAUUCACAAGGUGGAGCUUCAAUUGGCACUAUUUCAAACCCCAAACGGAGAAAAUCUUUUCCUGGAUCGAGUUUUUGAUCUUUUUGACGAAAAGAGAAAUGGUGUUGUGGACUUUGACGAAUUUGUCCAUGCGCUCAGUGUUUUCCAUCCUGAUGCCCCUAUAGAUGAAAAAAUUGAUUUUGCAUUUAAGCUCUAUGAUCUGAGGCAAACUGGGUAUAUCGAGCCAGAGGAAGUCAAGCAAAUGGUUAUAGCCAUUUUGAUGGAAUCUGACACGAGUCUUUCUGAUGAUCUUCUUGAAGCCAUUGUUGAUAAGACAAUAGCUGAUGUGGAUAAGGACAAUGAUGGUAAAAUCAGUCAACAAGAUUGGAAGACUUUUGUGAGUCGAAAUCCAUCACUCUUGAAGAACAUGACACUUCCUUAUUUGAAGGAUAUCACCAGUGUGUUUCCGAGUUUUAUUUUCAAAUCGGAGGCUGAACUUUGAGAACAAAAUUUUUCUUUUUUAUUUUGGCAUCAAGAUGCUUUCUGUAAAGGGUAAGAAAAGAGAAGUAUUUUGUGAACAAACAGGCAAGGUUGGCAACACUGCAUAAUUGAUGCAACCAUACCGUGAAGCCAAGUUUAUCUGUUUUAUAUGCUCGAACGAACAUUUGCGGGAAAUGUAGAUCAGAAUAUUCAUCUUUUUAGCGUAUAAUUCCUCUGUCUGACGACUACCUGCGUGUGUUCACAUAACCAAGUGCUGCUUGCGGUGCUGAUUAGGAGAAAAUGUUUGUCUGCAUUUAUUUUCAUUAUACGUAGAGAGGAAUGCAUUGACAGCUUCAAGAGAGACAUCAUGAGUUACAUAUAAUUAUAUAAACUUUGUUUAAAGUAAAUUUGCUUUUAAAAUGAGCAAAUAAUUGUAAAUUUAUUAUUUAAUU